AGGAAAACUUUUAAAGGGUGCCGCAGCUACUUGGGGAAACAGUUGCUGACCAAACCAGACACAGACACCUUGGACUUGAACAUCUGUGAAUGCUGUAUGGUAGUUUCAGCUUGACCUUGGCCUGACAAAAGAAGGGACCAUGUCUACCUUUGGGUACAGGCGAGAGCUUAGUAAAUAUGAAGAACUAGAUGAAGACGAGCUCCUUGCUUCUCUAACUGAUGAGGAGUUGAAGGAGCUGGAGAGAGAGUUAGAGGACAUUGAGCCUGACCGGAACCUUCCAGUGGGACACAGGCAGAAAAGCCUUACAGAGAAGACACCAACAGGGACUUUCAGCCGGGAGGCGCUGAUGGCAUACUGGGAAAGAGAAACAAGAAAACUUCUAGAAAAAGAGAGGAUGGGUGCAUGCGAAAAGGAUUCUAAAGAACAGGAGGAGGAAGAGGAGGAGGAUUCAGAAGACAUUAAUGAGGAAUAUUUCACAGGAAGUAAUAGUGAAGUUUCUGAGGAGGCAUAUACUGAAGAAGAAGAUGAAGAAGAGGAGGAUAAAGAAGAGGAAGAGGAGGAGGAAGAAGACAAAGGUGAAGAUAGAGAAGAAGAGAGGGUAGAGAAGGUGGAGGUAGAGGAGGAGGAAGAGGAGGAGGAGGAGGAGGAAGAUGAUGAUGAAGAAGAAAGUGGUGCAGAUAAUGAUGAAGAAAAGGAACCUGUUGAAUGCAAAAAGACAACAAACAAUGACAGCAAAAGAAGUUCAAUCAGUAUAAAACUUCAAAAAUGCAAUAACAAAGCUGAAAAUGAAAUAGUUGCCAAUGGUCAUAGUGAAAAGGAUGCAGAAGAUGUGAGCUAUAGAAAGGGUGCCAUGCAUCCUUGUGGAAAUCCCACUGUGAUUGAAGAUGCUUUAGAAAAAGUUAGAAAUAAUGAUCCUGACACCACUGAAGUUAACCUAAACAACAUUGAAAACAUCACACCACAGAUGCUUAUACAUUUUGCUCAGGCCCUAAGGAACAACACUGUGGUCAAAACCUUUAGUUUGGCCAACACUCAUGCAGAUGACAAUGUUGCAAUAGCUAUUGCUGGUAUGCUAAAAGUGAAUCAAUAUAUAUCAAAUCUGAAUCUUGAUUCUAAUUUUAUUACAGGAAAAGGGAUAUUAGCAAUCAUGCGGGCUUUGCAGAAUAAUAAGAUUUUAACAGAAUUAAGAUUUCACAAUCAAAGGCAUAUAAUGGGUGGCCAGGUUGAAAUGGACAUAGCUAAACUUCUGAAGGACAAUACAACAAUUGUGAAACUAGGAUAUCACUUUGAGCUUGCUGGACCAAGAAUGAGCAUGACAAGUAUCCUCACAAGAAACAUGGAUAAACAGAGACAGAAGCGGAUGCAGGAGCAAAGACAGCAAGAAUCCAAUUGGAAUGGAACACUCAGUCCAAAGACCAAAGCUUUGCAAAAGGGAACUCCCAGUUCUUCACCUUAUUCUUCUCCCCGAAGUUCACCUUGGUCAUCUCCAAAACUUCCUAAAAAAGUUCCCCCUGUUCAAAACCAACCCUCUCCUAGAAGUUCACCAAGGUCAUCUCCAAAGAUCCCUAAAAAAGUUCUUCCAGUUAAAAACCAACCUCCAUCCCCACCACCUCCACCUCCUCCUCCACCACCACCUCCUCAAAUAGUCCCAGAGAAAAAACUGCCAACCCGAAACAUUGCUGAAGUUAUCAAACAGCAGGAAAGUGCCCAAAAGGUUGUACCAAAAAAGCAGAAAAAGAAAAAAGUCAAGAAAAGCAAAAAAUAUGAGAAUGAAAUCUUGUCGGAAAUUAAAAAUUCAUUGAAGUCAGUCUCAGACAAGAAGUCAGAAGAAGGUUCACGUCCCUCUACCCGACCUUCUACUCCAGUGAAAUGUCUCCAUACUGAUCUCAUGGAUGCAAUUCGUGGAAGUAGUAUCAAACAGCUAAAGCGAGUGGAAGUUCCACAAGCUUUGCGAUAAAAGCAUCCAAUUAAGCCAAAAAAUGGGGAAGAUGACGAUUACUAUGGCGGUUAAAAGAAAGGUACCAAAUUGUACUCAAGUGAUCAAAGAGACUAAUGUAAAUGUCUUCAAACAUGCACUCUUAGAUUGAAAACAUGAAGAGAGAAAAUGCUGUUAAACAACAAGCAACACUUUUAAGCAUUAUUUUUCAUUUGUAAAUAUGGAAUGUACUUUUUUAUUGAAAUUUCUAGAGAAACUUGUUGAACGCAAGCAGCACUUCACAUAAUGUUCCUUCUACAGAGCAGUAACUGUUCAGUGACCUGUGUUUUUAUUUUGUCUGCCUCAUGAAUUUACAAUAAAGGUGGUUUGACUUUU